GUAAUACACGAUGACGGAAGUAAAUAAUGCUCGCUUCCGGUGCUUGUCACAGUCUGUACUUGAACGCGGGUUGUAGAUGGUUUUGUUAUUUUGAAAUCAGUUUAAAGUCACUGUAGCGGCUAACAAAUGUCCGACGCCCUGCCAGUUUGGUUCGCAGUCCAGGCGGAGCUCCUGGGACAUGAAGAGGAGAUGGACUCCCAGUCCAGGAGCUGUUUUGCUUGCUACGACGACGACACUUUGUUCGAAAUGUUCCACCUAACGCGACCUUGCGUCGAGUUCAUCGCAGACAUCAUCCGUGUUCGCAUGAAGAAAUACAUGCUCUCGACGUUAACCGUAGAUACCAUGAUAAUGGUGACGCUCAAUUAUUACGCCCACGGCUCCACCACCAUUACCCUUGUGAAGCGUUUCAACCUGAAGACAGACUGCCAGAGCAUCGUGUGCACGGUCUCCGAGGUGGUGGCCAGUAUGUCCGAUCAGUUCAUCUCGUUCCCGCAGACCCGAAAGGCGAAAGUGGACAUCGCACACAUGGUGGAGGAGUUCUGCGGAAUUCCAGACGUGCUGGGCGUCCUGGCCCCGACUCACUUCAAGAUCCGAUCCUCAACUUAUGACAAGAACACGUUGGCGUUCACACGCCAACAAUUCGUCAACACACUUGGUUACAAAUCGGUGGUCAGCCAGAUUAUUUGUGACUUGGAUGGCAACAUCCUGAGUGUGGAGAAGUGUUGUGUGGGCAGCACUUGCGAGCAGGACUUGUGGCGCACGUCGUUUAGAGGGCGAGAGAUCGAGGAAGAACUGUAUGGACAAUACUGGGUUAUAGGAGGUGAAGGCUAUCACUUAAGCAAACGACUCCUGACUCCCGUGUCCGAUCCCAAAGGCAUUGCUCAGGUUCGCUUCAACGAAGCACAUGCCAAGAUUCACAACGUGACGCAGACAACACUGCGCUCCCUCAAGUGGCGCUUCAGGUGCUUGACUCAGCUCAGCUUUGCGCUAGACAAGUUGACCAACGUGGUGAAGGCUUGCUGUGUCUUGCACAACAUUGCCAAGAAGUUCUCUGUGCCCCUGCCGCCCGGGGACGACAAAUUUGAAGACCGUCAGCCGAGCAACCCUUGCCUGGGUUCGGCGGCAGUGCUUUGCCCCGACGGCUUGAGGGCUCGACAGGAACUCAUCGAUUCUAGCUUUAAUGCUCCACCCAGUCAAGAGGAACCAGAAUGACGCCGUCAGGUGGGAGGACAAUGUUUUAUUUUCACACAGGAAGGAGGAAGUUUCUACACUAUCAUGACACCAAAAGGACACACUUAGCAGACAUUCUAUUAGGUACACCUAUAAUCUAAUAAGAUCCAUUCCAAAAGUUGUAGCACAAAUUCUUCCCAAUAUUCAUUUAAAGCUCCUUGUUUUUCAACAAUUUUCAAUAAGCAGAAAGUGCUUUUUGUAAUCCCUACUGGGAACUGCUGCGUUUGUCCACACCUGUCUUUGACAGAGUGGCUCCAAAAAGCGCUAUUGUGUACUCUGUCCACUUUUCACAUAUACUACUGUAACUGCACUUCUCCAAUGUAUUAGAUGUCACAUGUCACAUACAACAACAUAUCAAUGAGUGUGACAGGAGGACACAAACAUUAGCAACACUAGCACAGCUACUGUAUGUGAGCUACAGUGCCAACAUUACACUCACAUUUUAACAGCAACAUUAUGCUUUGCUGAAGUAAAACAAAUUGAUCAAACUUACAGCUCCCGCAUCUGUAGCUGACUGACAAAUUGGUGGCACAGCUCCAGUUUUAAUUUUACGAUGUGUAGCAAAGCCUGUUUCCUUUCCUUUACACAAAGCUGUCCUUGAUGUAAAUUUUACAUAAGGGACUUUCAACCAUGUUUGUCAUGUGGAGCUGUACUGUACAGUGUAGGUCAGGGGUCUUCAAUUAAAAAUCAGUAAGGUUUGUUUAUGCAAUUUUUUUCAGAUUGAAGGUCCGAACCUUAUUUUGCCUUAAAUUGCAUCCAACAGACUAGCUCAUAUGAAUAUCAAAUGUAAUGAAACCCUGCACAUCAUCCUACAACCAGUUCUUUUCAAAUAGUGGGGCUGUCAUGGGGGGCGUGAGAGUUAGGGAGGACUUUCAAUAUUAGUGCAGACCUGCCAACAUGUAUGAAUUUGUCGUACUCAAGAUGCAAUUUGAAUAUACUUGUAUGCUUCACUGCUUUCUAUUUUGUUGCAUUUUGCUGGUUUCAGUUUUGAGUUCAGUCUGUACAGUACAGAUAAAUAAAUAGAUGUCAGUUUCUCAAUCGUAUUUCAAAUCGGGGAAGUGCAAAAAUAUUUCUGUCCCCAGUGGGGGCAGGACAGAAAAUAAUUGAGAACCACUGCCCACUGCUAUAACACACUUAUUUUGGCGCCUAAAUUGCAUUUAAAAGAAAACCAGACCAAAUUUCACAUAAAUAAUAAAAGGCUUGAGUGUACAAACAAUGAAUGAACACACAAGGCUUAUUUAAGUUACAUAAAACUGCACUCUGGAAAAAAAGAAGUCUUUGUCAGGCAGGCAUUGUGGACUGCAGUGUUGUCCUGUUGAAAAGCCCUGUCAUUACCACACAAACGAGGGGCUUCAGUCAUGAGGGAUGUCCAUUGCAACCUUGCCACAUCACCAGCUGCCGUUUGACGCCCCUACACAACUUGAAGCGCUUUUGUUCCAUUGAAGGAAAAAGCACCCCAGAUCAUGAUGGCACCCCUCCACUGUGCUGUGUGGAAAAUAUCUCAGGUGGGCUCUCCCUGUCAUGCCAGUAACAUUGGAAACCAUCAGGACCGCCAAGGUUCAAUUUUUUCUCAUCAGAGAAUAAAACUUUCUUCCACAUUUCAAAGUCCCAUGUUUGGUACUCUCGUUUCCAAACACGUAAUUUUGUGGGCCAAGGAUCGUCCCAUGUCUUGACAGACAGCCAAUAGGAUCCUCCGGCUCAGGGCUGGUGACAGGUUUUUGGGUUUACCACUUCACUUGUUCCAUAACACACAGGAUCUUUUAAGAAGGUUAUCAUGACUGUCUUACUGUGUCCAACUUCAGCAGUGCUAGUGCGCUGCGAGAGGCCUUGCUUAUGCAGUUCAACAAUCCUACUGCAUUCAAAGAGUGAAAGCUUUUUUGCCUUUGCCAUCAAGUGAUUAUGACAGUGUAAAUACCUGACAGAAAAUAACAUUAAAUCCACAUUUUUGCUAAAAUGUUGGAUUUUGAAGGCUGUGGUCUUAACUUUUGAUCAGCUGAUGAACAGCCUAUUUCACUUUAUUGCUUGUUUGCAAUAAGUUUCUUCCUCAAUUAUUUUUGUCUCACUUAUACAUAGUAAGGUAAAAUGUUGUGUUCUGUCUCCAGAGAUAUUCCUCUUGCGAAGUUUGCUGCACAUUUUUCCAAUUUAUGUGUGGAUAAGAACAGGGUUUUCAGGGGUCUCACUACGAUUUCUACUUAGAACCUACUUAAGAUCCAACAGUGCAAAAUGUAAAUUCUUGCAAAUUUUCAACUGGUCUUAAAAUUUUGAUCAGUGUGUAUUCCAUUUUAGUGCAGAUCAAGAUAAAAGUGCAUGUUUUUUGUUAACAUAGUACAUUUUCUGGACUUCUUUUGCCAUUGUCCGUCAUUUUGUCGAACUCUCUCAGUGCUGUGGCAUUCACAUAUAUCAUGUCAGCGUUCUCGUAUGUGUUUUCAUCAGUCUCACCUUGAGACUUCAGAUAGUCCAAGAUGGACUGAUGUAGGAAAACAUACUGGGACUGCAAAGAAACCAGAAGUCAAUUAGAAAUGUAGAACAUGCUAGCAUGUAAGUUUCCUACACAGUCUAACUACUAAAAGAGUAGCUAAAGUGUGUGUGUGUGUGUGUGUGUGUGUGUGUGGGUUACCUCUGUCUGGACCAUGUGUGGCCGCCGCAGUCUCAUUUUGUGAACAAAAGCGUUGAUGCCCACUUUUUUGUCUCUGUGCAUCUGCUGAAGCAGAACAUCUAAGGCUAUAAUGGUGCCGGUUCUACCCACUCCAGCACUACAAGACAGGACAUGAUCAUCAAUUCAGUGUGUCCUAUAGUAUUAUUACCACAGGCAUAUUUCCCUUUUGAAGCAUCAUACCUGCAGUGAACCACUGUGGGAGCCUUGGUCCUUUGUGCUUCUAUGUGCUGCCUAAUAAGCCCUCCGAACUGGAUCAGGACAUCUGUACCCUGAGGGACUCCGUGAUCAGGCCAGGUAGUAAAGUGGAAGUGUUUCACCAUCCUCUCUGCUGAGCUGUUCCUCUGGAAACACCACAGGUCAGCAAGUUCUGAGCGAAAAAGUGUACAUCAUUGAAAAUAUUGUGAUGCAUUGUAAUAAGUGAAGAACAGUAUCCAUGGUAACACCACAACUACUUUAGUGAAAUUUUGUUGGACCAGCCUACAACAGUGCUAACAUUACUGUUCAAGUUGAGAGACAGACAGGUUCUAUGAGCACUGAGCACACAUUUUCAUGAAAUGGCUAUCUAAACCUUUUAGUUCUUUUGUUACUUUCACAUCAACAUUGAGAUGGUAAUUGGCAUACAUGUUUCACAUGGAAUUCCCUUAAUGUCCAGUUGGGCUCUUGCUGUUCCGAUGCGAGGGUGAUGGUCAGCUCUCCGUGAAGGCAACUCUUGCCUUGUGCAGGCCAGUAAUGUUCACAUUUAGUCUAGAAAAAUCAUGUAUUUAUUCAAUACAGUUGUAGCUGACGUGGUACUAAAUGGCUUAAUUUGUGGCUUAAUGCAGGGGUGUCCAAACUGUUUCCACAGAGGGCCGCGUACAGAAAACUUUAGGAUAUGGGGGCCACCUUGAUACAGUUUGUGAAUUAAACAUGGUAAAAUCAAUCCAAUGUAAGUCACUGUUAUGAACAAAACAUCCACAUCUUAGCUGUGUAUUGGUGACAAAGCAAAUAGUAAUAGUAGUAUCUAAUGAUAGUAAUAUCUAAUAAUAGUAAUAUAUAAUAUUAUCUUGGUGAUAAUUUCUCUAAUUGUCAGACCAAAAAUGGCCCCCAGGCCACACUUUGGACACUCCUGGUUUAAUGUAUGAAUCUGUGGCAAAAACGUACCCUUAUUCCUUCAAUGCAGUUGGUUACCAUGACGAUAGCGCUCACCCUCUGCUCCCAGAUCAUUCUCCAGAAAUCAGUGACUGUGGAGGGCAGAGGCCCCUGAGUGGCGAUGUACUCUCGGCUACUGCUGUAACCCUGUGAAGGUAAUCUACCGUGAUCAUGUGCAUACAGAUUAUAGCCUAUGGCAGUGAUUCUCAAUUUGUUUUAAAAAUAUGUUAAUGAGCAUUUGAAGUUGGGCUUUUGGAUGUUGUCAUUUUGGAAAUUGUUUAAUUUUGAAAAGCAAGCAGCAGAAAUCUGCAGCAUCUAGCACAGUGAGUGCUACUUAACUGCCGGCGGGCGCUCCAACUCUGGCACAUACAUUCAUCUAUCUUCUUUCGCGUAUCCAAGGUCGGGUCACGGGGGCCUUAGCAGGGAAGCCCAGACUUCCCUCUCCGGCUACUUGGUCCAGCUCUUUCCGGCGGAUCCCGAGGCAAUCCCAGGCCAGUUGAGAGACAGUCUCUCCAACAUGUUCUGGGUUUUCCCCAAGGCCUUCUACCAGUCGGACUUGCCCUGAACCCAUCCCCAGGGAGGCAUUCGGGAGGCAUUCUGACCAGAUGCCCUAGCCACCUCAUCUGGCUCCUCCAAAUGCGGAGGAGCAGCAGUUCUACUCAGAGUUUCUCCCUGAUAGACAGUGCUUCUCACCUUAUCCCUAAGGGAGAGCCCAGCCACCCUACCGAGAAAACAAAUUUUGGCCGCUUGUACCCACAAUCUUGUCCUUUCUGUCAAUACAAACUGUCGUCUGCAGUGUUGUGGACUCUGCAUCGGUCUGUUGUGAUUGCUCUCAAUUUUCAUCUACGUUCCUACCCUCAGCUAUGGUCAAAUCUGGCCAUGAUGACAUUUUUGCAGAAGAUUCUUAAAAACAGCAGAGCACUCCUGUCAUAUUGAGGAUCUUUGACUAGCGUGUUUGAAAUAGGUCCUUAAUAAAAGCAGAACACUCCUGAUAGUUCACUAAAUGUAAACAUUAUGCUUGUUUUAAUGUAUGACUAUUUUAACCAUUUAGGGAAGUAAAAAACUUUUAUUAUAUAGAAACUAAGAAUACAGUCAAACCUCCGUUUUCAAACACCCCAGUUUUCGUAUGAUUCAGUUUUGGGCAAAAUUUUGCCUCGGUUCUCGUACACUGUCUCGAUUAUAGCUCAAUAUUGAGCAUAACAAACUGUUGUAUUUUACCCAUCACUUGGUUUGUGGUCCAUUGAAGGUGCAGGCUAGUUCCAUGGGUUUUGUCACGGCCGUUGAAGAAUGUGAUUUCAUUCGGUCUUCCUUGCCAGUCUGGUAUUGUUAAACUGAUUAUGUGGAGUUUGAUUUGUGAAAGUGGCACAUAUUCCUCAGUUUCAUGAAGGCUUUGACAACUUCUUUUGGGAGUGAGGUUGUCAGAAUAACGUAGGGGCGCUAGACAAAUGACUGGCGAGGGCUUGUGCUCGCUGUUUUCCAGAAGGGCUUUUUUUUUUCCACCUCCCAGCGCAGCACAAGCACCAGUCCCUUUGGCUGCCUCCCACCGAGAGCCGAGCAUACCUCAUCCACAGCGUUUUUUGGGCGAGUCGGUCUCUUGUGAACAAUUCCUUCACCGGUGCCCAUUGGUGUUCAACCAGUAGCCAGGAACUUACGCGUAGGAUCAAACCCAAGUGGCAUUUAUCCUGAGCUUGCUCACUGACAAGGCAGCAGUCUGGGCCAUAGACAUUGGCAAGGCUAGCCCCGCAAUUCGCUCUUCUCUUCUAUUUUUUAUUGAGAUGAGAAAGGUUUUUGACCAUCCCAUUAGAGGGAUGGAGGCAGGAAGUCGAUUGCUUGAUAUCAAGCCGAAAGGACGCUCGGUGGCUGCAUUUUCAAUUGACUUUAGAUUUUUGGCAGCCAAGAGCGGC